AUGGCUAGUGACAUUGAUAGGGAGAGAGAGAGAGACUUUAUUAGACGAUCAUCGUGGGCCUACCGAGAGCCGGAGGCGGCCCAAACCCGAAAGCCCAAAUACAUCCGCUUCCUCUCUCUCUCUCUCUCUCUUUCCGGGCGUGCCUGCGUGGGUUCAACGUCUCUCCGCGUCUCUCUCGCUCGCUCGCUGCCGGGAAGAUUCGAUGGGGAGUCCGCCGACGACAAGCGCUUCACGGCGUCGCCGGACGUGGAGAGGUUCCUCUGCGACCGCUUGCUCGACUCGGCCCAGCCGAUCUCGGAGCGAUUCAGGGCCCUCUUCUCCCUCCGCAACCUCAAGGGCCCCGCCCCCCGCACUGCCCUCAUCGAAGCAACUAGGGAUCCAUCAAAUUUGUUAGCACAUGAAGCUGCAUUUGCAUUGGGACAGAUCCAAGAUGUGGAUGCAAUCCCUGCUUUGAAGGCCAUUCUCAGUGAUAUUUCUUUGCAUCCUAUUGUCCGCCACGAGGCAGCAGAAGCUCUUGGUGCAAUUGGUUUGGAGAGUAAUAUUCCUACCCUGGAGUGUAGUUUGGCUCAUGAUCCAGCUCAAGAGGUUCGAGAAACUUGUGAAUUGGCUCUUAGCCGAAUCAAACAGCUGAAAACUGCCAACUCUGAUGAUUCUUCUCCUAUGACUGAGAGAUCACCUUUUAUGUCAGUUGACCCUGCUGCACCUGCUUCAUCUUGUUCGUCUGUUGAUCAUCUCAGGGAAGUUCUUCUGGAUGAAGAAAGAGGCAUGUAUGACCGUUAUGCAGCUCUAUUUGCUCUUAGGAAUCAUGGUGGAGAUGAAGCCAUUAAGGCUAUAAUUGAUUCUUUGGGUGCAAAUAGUGCUCUUCUCCGUCACGAGGUUGCUUACGUUUUGGGCCAGUUGCAAGAUAAAGCUGCGUCGGCUGAACUCUCAAACAUUCUUAGAAAGACAGAUGAGCAUCCAAUGGUUAGACAUGAAGCCGCUGAGGCCCUUGGAUCAAUUGCAGAUGACCAAAGUGUGGCACUUCUUGAGGAAUUUUCCAAGGACCCCGAGCCUCUAGUUUCUCAAAGUUGUGAAGUUGCUCUCAGCAUGCUUGAAUUUGAAAGAUCAGGAAAAUCCUUUGAGUAUCUGUAUAUGCAAGCUCCUCAAGUGCAAUGAAACAUGCGCUGGGCUGGAUUCUCAUUGGUGCAGACUCCUUAAUCUCAAGUUAGUACGAUAGCUUGGUGAAGGUAAUUUUUUCAAUAUGACCAAGCAUAGAGUUGAGGGAGGAUUACAUGGUAAGAGUACACCUGAGAAUUUUACUCAAUCUGACAGAUUUUUUAAAAUACAGAACCAUGGCAAAACUGAUUUGAGUAUCGAAGCAAAUUUACUUGAGCAGAUAUAUUGAGUUGCGGCAUUUGUAAUCUAUUGACGCUCACAAUGAAAUUGUGGUGACUGGGCAUUGGUGUUUCUCUUGUUUAUGCGGGAGCGUCAAACUAUAUCUUGAGCAUGUGGACAGAAUUUUAAAUCUUUUGAAUGUGUAGGGUUUGCUCUGAUUAUUUUUCAA